GCUGGUGCGCGACUCUGAGAAGAAUCCGCAGUCCCCACUUGCGCAGAGCCAGGUGCCACUGGGCCAAGCCGUCGAGAGGCACGGUGGCUACGGGUGAUCUUAGCUGCGGAUUUGAUUCGGAGGGCCGUCAGCGUCGGGUAGCCAACUGAGGAAAGGUGGGGACGCCAACUUCUGGAGAUCCCAGAGCGAGGGGAGACACGUCGAAUUUUUGGGCAAUCAGGAGAAAGAAAACUCAACCCAGCUCUUCAGAUCCCCGUGAACAGACUGCCUGGACAGACUGCCUGCUCACCCAUAUCAUGGCCCUCCAUCCCCGCAGAGUCCGACUGAAGCCCUGGCUGGUGGCCCAGGUGGAUAGUGGUCUCUACCCUGGACUUAUCUGGCUACACAGAGACUCCAAACGCUUCCAGAUUCCCUGGAAACAUGCCACACGUCAUAGCCCCCAGCAAGAGGAGGAAAAUACCAUUUUUAAGGCCUGGGCUGUAGAAACGGGGAAGUACCAGGAAGGGGUGGAUGACCCUGACCCAGCUAAAUGGAAGGCCCAGCUCCGCUGUGCUCUCAAUAAGAGCAGGGAAUUCAACCUGAUGUAUGAUGGUACCAAGGAGGUGCCUAUGAACCCAGUGAAGAUAUAUCAAGUUUGUGACAUCCCUCAGCCCCAGGGUUCGAUCAUUAACCCAGGAUCUACAGGGUCUGCUCCCUGGGAUGAGAAGGAUAAUGAUGUGGAUGAAGAAGAUGAAGAAGAUGAACUUGAUCAGUCUCAGCACCAUGUUCCUAUCCAGGACACCUUCCCCUUCCUGAACAUCAAUGGUUCUCCCAUGGCACCAGCUAGUGUAGGCAACUGCAGUGUGGGCAACUGCAGUGUGGGCAACUGUAGCCCUGAAGCGGUAUGGCCCAAAACAGAACCUCUGGAGAUGGAAGUGCCCCAGGCACCCAUUCAGCCCUUCUAUAGCUCUCCAGAGCUGUGGAUCAGCUCUCUCCCAAUGACUGACCUGGACAUCAAGUUUCAGUACCGUGGGAAGGAAUAUGGGCAGACCAUGACAGUGAGCAACCCUCAGGGUUGUCGGCUCUUUUAUGGGGACCUGGGUCCCAUGCCUGACCAGGAGGAGCUCUUUGGUCCUGUCAGUCUGGAGCAGGUCAAAUUCCCAGGUCCAGAACAUAUCACCAAUGAGAAGCAGAAGCUGUUCACCAGCAAGCUGCUAGACGUCAUGGACAGAGGACUGAUCCUGGAGGUCAGCGGUCAUGCCAUUUAUGCCAUAAGGCUGUGCCAGUGUAAGGUGUACUGGUCUGGGCCAUGUGCCCCAUCACUCGUUGCUCCCAACCUGAUUGAGAGACAAAAGAAGGUCAAGCUAUUUUGUUUGGAAACGUUCUUGAGUGAUCUCAUUGCCCACCAGAAAGGACAGAUAGAGAAGCAGCCACCAUUUGAGAUCUACUUAUGCUUUGGGGAAGAAUGGCCAGACGGGAAACCCCUGGAAAGGAAACUCAUCUUGGUUCAGGUCAUUCCGGUGGUGGCUCGGAUGAUCUAUGAGAUGUUUUCUGGUGAUUUCACACGAUCCUUUGACAGUGGCAGUGUUCGCCUGCAGAUCUCGACUCCAGACAUCAAAGAUAACAUUGUUGCUCAGCUGAAGCAACUGUAUCGCAUCCUUCAAACCCAAGAGAGCUGGCAGCCCAUGCAGCCCACUCCCAGCAUGCAACUCCCCCCUGCUCUGCCUUCCCAGUAAUCAUGAAUGCCAUCUUCUCCCUCCCUCCCUCUCUCUCUCUCUCUCUUUUUUUACAACAUUGUACAUAUGUGGUGUUCUUUUUUUUCAAUUUAAAAAAAUAUUUAGAUCUAACCAGCUUUUAAAAUCUUUUUCUUUUAACAAUGUUAGAAUUCUGAGACUUUUCAAAUAUACCUAGCUUUUAAAGUUGAUUUAAUUUAUGGAAAAAAGUCACUGCUCAAAUUUCCUUUUCUUCUUAAAAACAUCAGAUGGUAGAAGGAAAUUUAGUCCGGGAGUGUGGACACCAGUGUUCUAGCUGUAGCUUUGCUUCCAAUGUGACCUUGAACAAGUCAUUUAACUUCUGGGCUUCAAAUUUAUCACUUGUAAAUAAAUCAGAAUUGGACCGAUGCCCAGAAUUAUGUUCAGUUUUAAAACUCUGACUCAGGUACUGUAUUCUACUUGUACAAGGCAAAACUGCCUGGAUCAGAACCUGCCUGCAUUGUUCAUGUACCACAUUUUUUUCUUGCUUUCAUUAAAGUUCCCUCAAGCACUGA